AGAGACAGUCACUACACUCCCUCAGUGGGUUCCUGUUUCUAUGAGGUGAGUGGGCUCAGUAGCCUGUGCAUAGCGAAGCCACCAUGCCCCCUCCCAAAGACAUUGUGAAGAUUGCCGUUCAGAUGUCUGGGGCCUACCCUCAACUCAUAGACCUCGACCAGAAAAAGCCGCUCUCGACUGUCCUCAAGGAAGUGUGCGAUGUGUGGAAUCAGAGUAACCCAGACCAGUUUGCAUUCCAGUACGUGGACGAGAUACAGAAUUACAUCACUGAGACGAAUCGACAUGAAAUCAAGAACGGAAGCAUCCUGUGUUUGGCCAAAUCUCCGAGUCGAGCGGCUGAGAACCUGUACACCGGCAUCCAGAACAGUAUCUAUGACGUGCGAUUCGAUUCACUGAAGGAGUUGGCAAGCCUGUCCCGGGACGUGACCUUCGCCCAGGAGUUCAUUAGCAAAGACGGUAUCAGUGUGCUGGUGCGCAUCGUGGAGAGCAGCAGCGACACCGGGGAGAGUCUGACACACACGCUGAAGGCAUUUAUGGAGCUAAUGGAGCACGGAGUUGUGUCGUGGGAAACAUUGACCCAUGUUUUUAUCAAGAAGAUUGCCAGCUUCGUGAACAAGGCAGCGAUGGAUGCCUCGAUCCAGUGCCUGUCGCUCGCUGUGUUGGAGAGCAUGGUGCUCAGCAGCUCCCACCUCUUCCAAGUGGUCAAGAACGAAAUCACUCUGGACCAGCUCAUCGCACACCUCCAGGUAACUAACCAGCUGAUCCAGACCAAGGCCAUGGCUCUGAUCAUCGCUCUCCUCCUGAGCUCCAAGGCCGCUGAGAAGAAGGAAACAAUGGAAUACCUGAACAAGAAGAACCUGCGGCAAUACGUCUUCAAGAAUAUUAUUCUCAGUUCCAACUUGUUGGGGGAUGAGAUGGCCCACUACCUCUACGUCCUUCAGUCCAUUUCUCUCAACCUCCUGGAGCCUAGGAUGAAGAUUCCCAUGGAUCCUUAUAACCAG